ACGCAAUUAAACAUGGCGGCCUGUCUGAAAUAAGUGGAGCUAUCCGGCUUAGCAACUAAAUGUUUGCGCGAGUGAAGAAUGUCACAGGAUGAGGCUGUGAUUUCCACAAAUGACGAUGCUACGGCCUGUAAGAGGUUUGCUGUUCAAUUAGGUUACUGGUCAGACGGUUACAUUCAACACUUUGCCAAACUAGGAGAGAGAAAGACUCCAGAAAUAAACAGAGGUUACUAUGCUCGUGUUAAAGGUAUGCAUACUCUGCUGGACCAGUUUCUUGCUAAAACAGAAUGCAAUUGUCAGGUUGUUAAUCUUGGGGCAGGAUUCGAUUCCCUCUUUUGGCUUUUAAAGGAAGAAAGUUUAGCACCCAAGCUGUUUGUUGAAGUAGAUUUUGCAAGUGUGACUGGUAGAAAGUGCUACAAUAUAAGGAAUAGAAGAAAACUCCAAGAAGCAUUUUCUCCAGACGACGGAUUAAAAAUUGAAGGGAGUGAAGCACAUUCUAAACACUACCAUCUCCUAGCUGUGGAUCUGAGAGAAGUUGAUACAUUAGAGAGAAAACUAAAAGAAAUAGGAAUCGAUAAAAGCCUUCCAACAGUUUUUAUCACAGAAUGUGUCCUGAUUUAUAUGGAACCCGAACAUUCAGCAGCCAUUAUUAAUUGGGCUGGAACCAAUUUUAAAAAUGCUGUAUUUAUAAACUAUGAACAAGUGAAUAUGCAGGACAGAUUUGGUCAAAUUAUGAUCCAGAAUCUUAGGGGUAGAAAUUGUGAGCUUCUGGGAGCAAAUGCCUGUCCUGACCUCGAAUCUCAUAAACAAAGAUUUCUGUCGAACAACUGGGAUGAAGCUGAAGUCCUAGACAUGAUGAGUAUUUACAACAGCUUGCCUAUUGACGACAGAGCAAGAAUAGAGAGAAUAGAAUUCCUUGAUGAAGUGGAUCUUUUACAUCAACUUCUCUCCCAUUACUGCAUAUCCUGGGCCGUGAAUGAUGCCUCACAACUUGGUUUGUCAAGCAUUUCUUUUGCGACUUAGGAUGUAAUUCUUGUGGAAUGCAUUUAUUUUUUCUGAAAUGGAGUUAAAGAACUUUUAAAGAUACUUGACAAUAAAGUGCAUUUUAAUAACA